AUGUUUGAUUUAUCUGGCAAUAAUUUCAAGGAACGAUUCCAUCAUCGUUCUUCCAGCUAUCAGCAGGAAAUUUGGAGAGUUUUAAUGUCAGCAAAAAUAGUUUCACAGGUCUUAUCCCUUCCUUUAGCUGGACAAAACUUCCUGCAUUCUCAGGAUUCUGGAUUUCUCAACAAUGAUUUUACAGGUCCAAUUCCUCCAGGACUUGGAAAUUGCUCAAGACUUCAGGUUUCCGGGCAGCCUGGUCAAGUUCCUUCCUGGAUAAGUAAUCUCAGGAAAUUACAGUUCUUGGACUUAAGUUUGAAUCAAAUCACUGGUUCAAUUCCAGGGUGGUUAGGGACUAUGACAACUCCAUUCUACACCGAUUUGUCUUAUAACCUUCUGUCCGGAGAGUUUCCGAAGGAACUUGGCGGAUUGCCAAUGUUGGUAUCAGAAUUACAGACUGCGAAAAAAAUUGGUGGGAGCCGCUUAGAGUUACCUCUCUCUAUUCCUCCCAAUAUCAAUGCUUCUAAUGAAGAAUAUUAUAGUCUCCUCAGCUUACCACCAUCAAUAUUCCUCCAAAACAAUAGUCUCAGUGGCAGUAUCCCCAUUGAGAUUGGCCAAUUACAAUUUCUUCAAUUGCUUAAUCUCAGCAAUAACAAAUUCUCUGGAAACAUUCCUAAUCAAAUAUCGCAACUGACUAACUUGGAGAGAUUGGAUAUAUCCAGAAACAAUUUAUCUGGUGAAAUCCCUGCCUCGUUCAGUGGUCUCUACUUCUUGUCGGAGUUCAGCGUUGCAAAUAAUAAUCUUCAGGGUCUGAUACCUUCAGGAGGUCAGUUUCAUACUUUUUCCAUCUCCAACUUUGAAGGAAAUCCAGGUCUGUGUGGUGAUAUUAUAGAAACCUCAUGUUCUAUUCAAACAAGAACGAAUAAUAAUCCUGUUCCUUCUCCAAGUGAAUCUUCAAAAAAGGAGCUUGUUUAUGGACUCACUGCUGGAGUUGUUUUCGGAUUUAUUAUAGGGUCCAUAGGUGGGAUUUUUUGCCCAAUUCGUGUAUAUAGUUUAUUCAGAACUCUCUGA